AUGGCCAAGCGCUCACUCAAACCCAAACCUUACAAACCCAAGUUCGUCGACACCGGCAACAAUCUUGGCAAAAGGCGCCGUGAGAUCGCUGCCCAAGCCAAGUUAGACGAGAUUGCUGCCGCAAAACGGCACCGCAAGUGGGAGCAAAAAGACGUUUUGAAGCAGCUCUUGCCUAGCUUUGUUGCUGCUUCCAAGGAGGGCCAAGUCACUGCUUAUAUGUCUCGCGCUUGUUUGGUGUGGUUCCUUCGCUUUCCUGAGCCUGCAGAUGAGGAGGUUUUCGUCAAUGAAGAGUUCAAAGAUGACCCAGCGUACGAGGAAUACAUUCGGGAAGCGCGUCGUAAGUGGAUGCGCGGGAAGCUCUCCUGGAUGUGUGGGAGCUUCGCGACUAAAGAGGAUGGUCCAAAGCCUGAGAAACCCGUUUGGGUGCUGGAGUUGAACUUGGCAGCGCAGGGGAUUCUAAGCAAAUUAGAAAUACCUUGGAAAUGGGACCCUGAGGCAUUGGCGGCGUUGGAGGCCCUAGAGAAAUGUGUGGCUCCAUGCAAGAGGUAA